AUGGCUUCGAAAGGUUUCACCAUCGACUUCUCUGACAAAUGCAUCAUCAUUACAGGGGGCAACCGCGGGAUCGGAUACGCUUAUAGUCGCGCUGUUGCUCAGGCUGGUGCACGAGUGGCCAUUAUUUACAGGAGUUCCAAGAACGCGCAUGAAGUAGCUGAGAAGCUUGGAAAAGAAUUCGGCGUGCAAGUCAAGGCUUAUCAAUGUGAUGUAUCCGAUGAAAAGAAGACAGCUGAGACGUUUUCUCUCAUCGACAAAGAUCUCGGUCCGGUGACGGGACUUAUAGCAAAUGCCGGUGUCUCCGUGGUGAAGCCUGCACUCGAGCUGACCAGCGAAGAUUUCUAUAAAGUGUAUGGUGUCAAUGUCCUUGGUGUAUUCAACAGCACCAAGGCUGCGGCAAAGCUGUGGAUCGACAAGAAGUCUGGCGGUUCGAUCGUCAUUACAUCCUCCAUGAGCUCGCGGAUCAUUAACCAAGUCGCGCCAAAUAAGCCAUUGACCCAGGUCUUCUACAAUUCAUCCAAGGGUGCUGUGUCCACUCUCAUGAAAGGGUUGGCUGCGGAGUGGGCCACUCAUGGGAUUAGAGUGAAUGCGCUAUCCCCCGGUUAUGUGAACACGGAUCAAACCUCGGGUAUGGAAACCAGCGUCCUCGAGAAUCAGGCAAAGACCGUACCGCUCGGACGCUUCGCCGAGCCGCAUGAGAUGACAGGUCAAGCACUGUUGCUUCUGUCUGAUAAUGCCAGUUACAUGACAGGCGGAGAAUAUUUUGUUGACGGUGGUCACCUCAUUUGGUGA